GUUGCCGGGAGGGGCGGGCUCUCCUCCCCUCGUGCGCCGCCGCCGCCGCCGCCGCCGCCCGGAGCAAGAUGGAGGAGUACGCGCGGGAGCCCUGCCCCUGGCGGAUAGUGGACGACUGUGGCGGAGCCUUUACCAUGGGCGCCAUCGGUGGGGGCAUCUUCCAAGCCAUCAAAGGCUUCCGGAAUUCUCCGGUGGGAGUAAAUCACCGACUGCGAGGAAGCUUGACAGCAAUUAAAACUCGAGCGCCACAGUUGGGAGGCAGCUUUGCAGUUUGGGGUGGCCUCUUCUCCAUGAUCGACUGCAGUAUGGUGAAGGUCAGAGGCAAGGAAGAUCCCUGGAACUCCAUCACAAGCGGUGCUUUAACGGGAGCCAUUUUGGCAGCGAGAAACGGACCCGUUGCCAUGGUCGGCUCAGCCGCGAUGGGCGGAAUCCUCCUGGCCUUAAUCGAAGGAGCUGGCAUCCUGUUAACAAGAUUUGCCUCUGCGCAGUUCCCAAAUGGCCCCCCGUUUGCCGAGGACCCUUCUCAGCUGCCUCCAGCCCAGCUGCCCAGUUCGCCGUUUGGAGACUACCGGCAGUACCAAUAAGACUUUACCUCCUAAGGAUUCUUGUUAGAGUGUGAGCUGUAGUUCUAGAAAGAUGCUGGAAGAUCAGGUCCCCGAACGCUUCCAAACCACAGGGUGGAUCAGGGAACCCAAACACGCUACAGAGAGAGAGAACACUCGGCACUUUUCCUCUGUCAAGAAGCCUGAAAACAGUCUCCAACAUAGAUAUAUUUAUUCCUACCCGGAUUGCAUUUGUUAUAAAAUUAAUGUAAAAUGUCCUAAAAAAGAAAAUCUGUUGAAAGGGCAUAGGAAAUGAAGGACCAACAGGAGGAUUCAGUAAAGCUUGGUUUUAUGUACUGAAAUGGAUUUCCUUGUGGACUUAUCUGCCCGAUGUGUGCGUUCUGCCAUGUAAGCGUUUAAAAGCUCUGGAAUUUGGUCUUUUUCUUCAAGAUCGUCCAUAGUCAAACCGUACUUCUCGUCUCUGACAGAAUACGCUUAAUCUGCAUGUCUGGGGAGCGGAACCGGUCUUCACUCCAGAAGUGGGUGUGAGUGAAAGGCUGGUGGAGCAAGAACACAGUAGUUAACCAUAAUCUCCGGAGUCCUUUUCGCUGCACAUAAUAAACACCUUGUACCGGCCUAAUAAGGCCCAGGUUUGAAGCCCCUUUCCUCCUGGGCAUCUUGCACCUUGUUUCAGCCCUUCGGAAGCCUCGGUAGGGACUCAUUUGUUUCCGAGGCACUUGAGGCUUUUAAAAAGGAGUCCACGUCAGAGUCGGCCGAUUCCUCCACGAGACUGAAGACAAAAUCCGAGGACACCGUAAGCCCCUAGAGGGCACGGGUCGUGUCUUCUAACUUUGUUUUUCCCUGCCAAGUGUAUAGUUCAGCGCUCUGCACAGAGGAUGCACUCAAUAAAUGCUAUCGAGGGUGAU